AAUGCACGUGGCAGAUUUCAGAAACUCCACCCUCAAAACUCCCCAGAGACGAAGAAUUCCUCAGACCUCAGUCGUUCCAUCGGGCUUCUUACUGUUACAGAGCGAAUCAACUCCCUCCGCUUGACAUUCGGAGGAGAAUUCGAAGCAGUGUUUUCGUGUUGUUCGGAGUCAUGGAGAGAAUUCUAUUACUGUGAAUCUGUGAGCGAAAAGUUUGAGAAAGAUGCAGGCACAGGUGAUCCAUUCUCCAAUCGUUUCAAGGGGGAAGCUCCCCUUAUUGGCUUUCAUCGAUUCCAUCCCUUGUUCUCUCUCUCUAUCCAGAAGGAGAACAUCAAAUUCGUUGAGAUACAAGGACAUAUUGAGGUUGAAUUCAGUGUGUGGAACAAUCAGAGCCCAAGCUUCCAAUGUCAGAAUUGGAUCUGGAGCCUAUGGAGGAAAGGAGGAAAACGAUAAACACGAUAUCUCUGUAGGAGGUCCUCCGAGUGAAAAUUUAACUGAAUCGGAGAAACCUCCUAAUCGACUUCCUUAUCCAGUAUCCAUAGCUAUUGUGCUACUUGGAUGUGCUUUAGCUUUUUCAUUGAUUGCCUUUGCGAAGGGAGGACCUUCAUCAAUCAUGGAAGUGUUUGCAAAGUCAGGCUUCACUGCUGCCUUCACAUUGAUAUUUGUUUCUGAGAUUGGAGACAAGACAUUUUUUAUUGCUGCACUGUUGGCCAUGCAAUAUAAAAAAGGACUGGUCUUGUUGGGCUCGAUGGGUGCUCUUUCACUCAUGACAAUCCUGUCUGUGGUAAUCGGACGAAUAUUCCAUUCAGUGCCAGCUCAGUUUCAAACAAGUAAGUUGGGAGCUAUAAAUGUUGAGCAAUAUGAAUUAGUGGAUUUGUAUGAGAAUGAUCUUCAUACGUCUAAAAAAGCAUGUUGAAAAUCACAAUAGUGAUUGAUGAUAUUAUUGUGGUUUCUACCUUAUUAAUGACC